AUGGCCUGCUAUUGUCCGGCGGAUGCAGCCGGGAGUUCGAAGGCAGAAGACCCUUCGACAUCUCUGCCCGUGGCAAGCGAAGAUCCGGAUGCAAAGCUGUUGCACGGCUCCACGUCCUACUUGAGUAUGCUGCAUGACACUGGCAGGAACGAAGCUUAUGCUGCUGCACUCCGCGCACUCCCCGCACCACCCGAGCUCGUGCUCGAUUUAGGUGCUGGCACCGGGCUACUGGCCGGUUUAGCAUGCCAGGCAUUUCCGUCGACACGUGCAGUGGCUUGCGAGGUCUACGCCGCAUGCGCAGAUGUGGCCCGGCAAGUGCUUGAAGAGAACGGCCUGCACCAAAGAGUUCAGGUCGUGAACAAAGUCGCCAGCGACCUGGAGGUCGGCGUGGACCUUCCGCAGCUGGCGGACGUCUGCGUCUUUGAGCUUUUCGACUCACAGCUUCUUGGGGAGAGCAUCUUGCCGAUCCUGCGAGAUGCGCAGGCGAGACUACUGCAGCCGAGUUGCACGUUUGUUCCUCGUCGGGUCACGGUGCGAGCAAUGCUGGUAACAUGUCCGGCCUUGGCUGUCUGCGACCUCCCGGAGCUCCGUGGCGCCCCGUGGCCAUUGGCCCUGGGGCAGCUGGGUCUCAGCUUGACAGGCGACGACAAAGACGCAGCGGUUCGUGGGCUCUCCGAACCAUGGGAUGCCUUCGCCAUCGACUUUGGCAGCUUGCCCUCGAGCUGCCCGCGAUCCGCACCUUCCACGGUCCGCGCAUCCCGUGCGGGCGUGGCGCAUGCUGUCGCCUGGUGGUGGGAGCUGGACAUGGGAGGUGGCUACACACACAGCAGCUGGACCGAUGCCCGCAGCUCGGAGGAGCGUUUCCCGGCUCGCCACCACUGGCGUCCUUGUCUGUCCUUCUUGGCCCCAACCACUUUGGCUUCAGGUGACGACGUAAGGGUUGUUGCUGCUCACGACGACGAAGGAGUCUGGUUUGCCUGGCACUCCCUGGAUGACAGCGUUCCCUCUCGCUGGGUCCCGGGCAUCACAGCAAUCCCACCGGAGCGGGAGAGGCUGCUGAUCGCAGCCCAGGAAUCAUACCGGCACUUCUUGAGCACUGCCUUGGCGCAGGCAGCUUCCAAGGGAUCCGGCAAGGUCUUGUUUCUCCCUUCCGAGGAUUACUGGUGCAUGGCAGCCUUAGGCGAUGCGAUGACAUCCAUGACCGGGGCCUGCAAGGCCGAGGAGGUUUCUGUGCCCAUUAGGUCAAAAGCCCUGGCAAAGCUGCAGUCGAGAGGACAGUGGCCACAUGGUCUUCAGGCGGUGGAGCCCGGAGAGGUGCAGGCCGAGGAAGGUCUUGCAGUGCUGGAGCCCUUUGUCGCCGCAGAGGCCCGCCCCUGGUGCAUGGCAGCAGCUUUGCGCCGGCGUGGCACGCUGAACUUGCCGGUGCCGGCAGGCAUCCACAUCCUCGCUGUGCUGGUGGAGUGCCAGGGCGUCUGGAUGGCGAGGCAGCCUCUUGGCAGCCUCUGUGAGCUCUCGAUGAAGGCAGCAAACCCCUUCCUGGUACCAGUACGGAAUCGUCCGCUGGAGUGCAACCUGUGUGAGAUGGCCUGGCGCCCGCUGAGUAGCCCGCGUCGUGUGCUUGAGCUGGAGCUCUCAUCCAAUGGCACGAAAGAUGCUUCAGCAGUCGAGGCGCUUGAGGUGGCCACGCCGGGCCGCUGCCACGGGAUCGCAUUCUGGGCCGAAUUUGCGGUCGAGGAUGCUGUUCUGAGCACCGGCCCGAGUGCCUCAGGAGCACCCACAGGUUGGAGUCAAGCGCUGCACCUCUUCGAGGAACCCGUCGGCCUCAUGGAGGGCAUGAUGCUGGAAUUGCACCUUGCAGUGGAGGGCGAAGAGGCCAGAAUCCAUGUCCGUCCUGUAUCUCCUGAGAGUGCCAAGCGUCAGAGGUGUGCAUAA